AUGCAACUCGCCAUAGCUCGACUAGCAACUCCCAGGAGUCUCGUUUCGAGGACGUGGCAUAACCUGGCCCGCAGCAUGACCUGUCAGCCGAAAAAGGGCCCCAGUUACAAGCUAAAGCUGGCGCUGCCCAGGGACUACUCCCGCGUGGUUGAGUUCAUGGGGGCGACUUACAUGGAGAACGAGCCGAUCCUCGUGAACGUCGGACUAGCCGGCGAUUGCGCCGCACAGCCCGCCUUGUUGAGCGCGAUGCACAAUCACGUGAGCGCGGGCAUGACCUUUUUUGCGGAGGACCACCGCGGCUGCCUCGUUGCUGCGGUCGUCAACAAAAACACCCGGCAAGCCGAGCUCAUGCCCCCCGGCUAUUACACCCAAACCUUGGGCUGCGAGCUCCCACCCAAGGUCGCCAAGUUGUUCGACUUUUACGAGUACCUCGCCCGUGUCCCGGACCUUUGGGCCACCUACUGCGUCGACGACAUAUUCGAGUGCACCCACUUGGCCGUGCACCCCGACCACCAGGGCAAAGGGCUGGCCCGGCGCCUGGUCGCCGAGAGCUGGAUCCUCGGCCGGGACCUCGCUUUCCGGCUCUUUCGCAUCGACUGCAGCAGCAGGUACACAGCUAUGAUAGCCGAGGGCUUUGGCUGGAAGUGCGUGUACAGUCUGCCGUAUCGGCGUUACUUCGCCAACGGGGAGUUUUUCUUCAAGUGCAUCCAAGAGCCCCACACCGAGAUCAGGACUUACGUCGACGAGCUCGACUAUUGCGACGGCUACUACCCCCCCAUGCGUCGUCGCUAA